UCUCUUCCUCCCUAAUUAAACCCAAACUCUCAUCUCCCUCUCCCUUAAUUUCUCUCUACAUACGACACGACAUUGGACAAACCACAUUUAUCGAUCAAUCGAUUGACAGAAGGCCAAUCCGCACCAACAACUUAACGAUUGUUCUUGGGCUAGGAAGAAGAUCAUCAAGAUGCCUCCGAUGUUACCGGACUUCUCCAACUCCGUCAAGCUCAAGUACGUGAAGCUCGGGUACCAGUACCUCGUCAACCACAUUAUCACCCUCACCCUCAUCCCCAUCAUGGUCGGGAUCCUCAUCGAGGUCCUUCGCCUCGGUCCUGAUGAGCUGCUUGGUCUCUGGCGGUCUCUCCAUUUUGAUGCUGUCCAGAUCCUCUGCUCGUCGUUCCUCGUCAUUUUUAUUGCCACCGUCUAUUUCAUGUCCAAGCCACGGACUAUCUUCCUCGUGGACUAUGCUUGCUACAAGCCCCCUGUCACGUGCCGGGUCCCGUUCUCGACCUUUAUGGAGCAUUCCCGGCUCAUCCUCAAGGACAAGCCUAAGAGCGUCGAGUUCCAGAUGCGGAUCCUAGAGCGGUCCGGCCUUGGGGAGGAGACUUGCUUGCCCCCUGCCAUCCACUACAUCCCCCCAAGGCCCAACAUGGAGGCAGCUCGCGGCGAGGCCGAGCUCGUAAUCUUCUCGGCCAUGGACUCCCUCUUUCAGAAGACAGGUCUCAAGCCCAAGGACAUAGAUAUACUUAUCGUCAACUGCAGCCUCUUCUCGCCGACUCCCUCUCUGUCUGCCAUGGUAAUUAACAAGUACAAGCUGCGGAGCAACAUCAAGAGCUUCAACCUCUCCGGAAUGGGGUGCAGUGCGGGCCUGAUAUCAAUUGACUUGGCUCGGGAUCUCCUUCAAGUCCACCCGAACUCAAAUGCAGUUGUCGUGAGCACGGAGAUCAUCACACCAAACUACUACCAAGGGAACGAGAGGGCCAUGCUCCUCCCGAAUUGCCUGUUCCGGAUGGGCGGGGCAGCUAUCCUACUAUCAAACAGGCAGUCCGACCGCAGACGGGCUAAGUACCGGUUGGUGCACAUGGUCCGGACUCACAAGGGAGCUGAUGACAAAGCAUACCGGUGCGUUUUCGAGGAGGAAGACAAGGAAGGCAAGGUUGGUAUCAACCUGUCGAAGGACCUGAUGGCGAUUGCGGGAGAGGCGCUCAAGUCCAACAUCACCACAAUUGGUCCUCUAGUCUUGCCUGCAUCGGAGCAGCUCCUUUUCCUCCUGACCCUGAUCGGGCGGAAGAUCUUCAACCCCAAGUGGAAGCCCUACAUCCCCGACUUCAAGCAGGCAUUCGAGCAUUUCUGCAUCCACGCAGGCGGGCGGGCCGUGAUCGAUGAGCUCCAGAAGAACCUCCAGCUCUCUGCGGAGCACGUGGAGGCCUCCAGGAUGACCCUGCACAGGUUCGGCAACACGUCCUCCUCGUCACUCUGGUACGAGAUGAGCUACAUCGAGUCCAAGGGCAGGAUGAAGAAAGGUGACAGGGUGUGGCAGAUUGCGUUCGGGAGCGGGUUCAAGUGCAACAGUGCAGUGUGGAAGUGCAACCGAAGCAUCAAGACGCCCAUCGACGGGCCUUGGGCCGAUUGCAUCGAUAGGUAUCCUGUUCACAUUCCUGAGGUUGUCAAGCUUUAAGAAACCAAUAACAACAAGAGGGAGAGGCACGCAGAGAGGAGAUCUAAAAAGAGGUUCAAGGUUAAGUCUCCCAGAAAGGGCAAAAAAAAAAAAAAAAAAGAAAAAGAAAGAAAGAAAGACAAAGGAUUUUAAGGGUUAAAAGGCAUGAUGGUGGUAUUGAUCGAUUGGUCGAAGCCCUGCUUUGGGUUCAGCUCUUGCAGGGAAAGAAAAACAAGUGUUGGGAUUAAAAUUAAGAUUCCAUUUACUCUUCUCUGUCUGUAUCUCUCUUACAAUGUUGUAUAAUUCUCUCCAUUUGUCUGUGCCAACAGUUUGUAUUCUCCACCAUAAUAUUAUCACUUGUUAAAAUUUAAUUUGCAUAGACAACAUACUUCAUGUCAUGCCCUUAUCUAGGGAUAAUUACUUGUGUCAUCCAUCUUUGACAAUAACAAGACAGAACUGUCAAGAAAUUCGAACAAA